AGAGUAUGAGCUGCGGAUCAUAAAUGCACGACGGGCAGUUUCGAUAUAGAACUUGGGGCGCCCUUAGCGAAGGUUACAUGCAGAACCGGUAAGCUCUGAUAUUUGGAAGAUUUUUAAUAUAAGGAGCUGCAUAGUUGGUGUUUGACAGUUUUUACAAGCUGUCGAAGAAGAAAUUAUCGACAAACGUAUAGAAAGGUAGAAACCAACACAGGUUUUUUCGUGUCUGAUGAGCUCCUCCGUCGCACCGCUGGUGGUAAGAUGGCUGUGCAGUUGGAUGGAGGAGGGAAGGAGGACUUGAAAACACAGUUUGUCACGCGGGAAGGAACUUAUAAACUAAUGACUUUGUCGGAGUAUUCAAGGCCAAAUAGGGUCGGUUACACGAAUGGUCAAGGAAGUGCAUCCGUUAGGGUGUCUUUCGUAACUUUACCGGAUCCAGCAGAUCCUACGGGUACACAAGGACUUGGUGACCGAAUGUGUUUCAAUUUUGGCAAGGAGCUUUAUGUUUAUGUCUAUCGAGGAGUUAAAAAGGCUGUGGACUUAAAUAAACCAGUGGACAAGAAGUUAUAUAAGGGAACUAAUCCAACAUGCCAUAAUUUUAAUCAAACAACAGCAACUGCAGAUAGCGCUCCGCUAUUAGUUGGUUUUUCUACAGGUCAAAUUCAACUGAUAGAUCCAAUACAGAAGGAACUCAGCAAAUUAUAUAAUGAAGAUAGAUUGAUUGACAAAAGUAAAGUAACAUGUAUAAAAUGGGUUCCUGGAUCAAACAAUCUCUUCUUGGUAUCGCACAGUUCUGGGCAAUUAUAUUUAUAUAAUGAAGAACUUCUAUGUGGAACCACAGCCCCUAACUAUCAAUCUUUUAAAUCAGGGGAUGGUUAUGCUAUAUAUACUUGUAAAACAAAAUCUACAAGAAACCCAUUAUAUAGAUGGGUAAUAGGUGCAGAAGGAUGUUGUAUAAAUGAAUUUGCCUUUAGCCCAUGUGGCUCAAACUUAGCAGUUGUUUCCCAAGAUGGAUUUUUGCGAGUAUUUCAAUAUAAUACAAUGGAGUUAGUGGGUUCAGCUAGAAGUUAUUUUGGUGGAUUUCUAUGUGUAUGUUGGUCUCCAGAUGGAAGAUAUGUUGUUGUGGGCGGUGAAGAUGAUCUUGUGACAAUUUGGAGCUUUCAUGAAAAAAGAGUGGUGGCUCGAGGUCAAGGUCAUCAUAGCUGGGUAAGCGUAGUAGCUUUUGAUCCUUAUACUACAUCUUAUGAAGAUCAUGACCCAGACUUCAGUGGUUCAGAUGAUGAAACAUUACCACAUAAUAAUCAUAAUCAUUAUCAUGAGAAGGCCAACCGUUUGUCUACAACAUCGCAAGGAAUUCAUUCAAACAGAAACUCUUGUGGUUCAGAAUUAAGAGUGUCAGGUGGUACAUGCUACAGGUUAGGUAGUGUGUCACAAGAUACACAGUUGUGUUUGUGGGAUAUUACAGAAGAUGUGUUGAGACAACCAAUGUGUGCAAAACAAAGGCCAUCUACAGCAGGUUCUAGUACUCUUCCUACAUCAACAGUCAACAGUGGGAAUGGUUCAACAACGAAUCAUCAUUUGAACAAUUCUAAACAUAAUAAUUUGAAUAAUGUUAAUUACAAAGAAAACGCGAGUGGUAAUAAUGAAAGUAGUAAUAAUAGCAUGAGUACAAAUACAGCAGUGUCAACUGUAAAUUCCUUGACACAAAGGUUAGCAGGCCUUGGUUUUGGUGAUCGUAAGGGUGAUAAUCAUAAAAGGAACUUUAGCCUCACUAUGAGAGGUAGUGGUGCAUCUAAUAGCACAAUAAUACAGAACAGUAGUGGUGAUAAAGCUACUACUAACUUAAAUACAAAUAGUAAUUUGAACAGUGUCAGUGGAAGUUUAGUAGGUGCAAAUAAAAAGGUUAGUUCUGUGAUGGAUGAUCCUAUGAGGUUGAUAGGGACUGCCUGGUGCCCUAGGUUUGAUGAGUGCCCAGUGCUAGAACCACUAGUGUGCAAGAAGUUGGCACACGAGAGAUUGACUGAAUUAGUGUUUAGGGAAGAUUGCUUCGUAACAGCAUGUCAAGAUGGAUAUGUCUAUACAUGGGCAAGACCUGGUCACAUGAUUAAUGUUCUGUACCAUGCUUUGGCUGAUGCAAGAGAAUCAUGGAUGAGUCUUCCCAGAGUUUAUCGCAUGGCAGGAAUAGGACAGGUUGGAAAUGCUCUCCACGUGAUCAGUCCCACGGAAGGUGGAGGCACCAUAGUAUAGCCAGAACCAGAUAUUAACACAUCUUCAAAGCACGAAGAAAAAUACGUCCCACUAAUGCAUACGUUGCAAUCUUCAAAAAUGCAGUUUCAACCAUAUAUCCACUAUUGCCACUUGUAUUAUGUAUGGCCAAGUGAAAAUUAUUCCAGUAUUCUUUGAAAAAUGGGUGAUUCCAAGAGCAUCUAACAAUUGAUUGCUAAAAAAUACAUUUUUAUUUGGUAAGUUAUUUCUAGUGAAUACCAAUUGCCCUUCCUUCUUAAUUUUUUCUUUUUUUAAACAUGAGAAGAUAUUAAAAUUUCAUAAUGUUAUACAAAUUUUAUAAAAGAACCCAGCGAAAGUAAUAAAUAAAUUGUGUGUACAUGUAUAUAUGUAUACAUAUGUAUGUUUGAUCUUACAUACUGUACUAAAUCAUUCCAAUAAGAUCCGCUUAGGAAAAUAAAUUUUAAUUGAAUGGUGUUAAUACUAAAUGCUUAUGUAUAUUGUCAAAGAAUUUUAUAUUACCAACAUUUACUUGUAAUUAUUUAGAAACAUGAUUUUAAAUAGUUAGCUUCUUGUGGCUUAGAUUAACAAGCAGUGCAACUAUUGUAAUCAGUCAGAGCAAUAUGUACAUAUAAAGUAUUUUAAUUUGCGUAUUGUUACUAGGGAUUAAUUGUUUUUAUCUUGAGUAAUAUUAUGUACGAAAAGAUCGAAUUAGAUAAUAUGUAAAACAGGAUUUAUGUUAUUUCAUUUUUUAAAUUUAAUUAUACCAAAUAUUAUUUUUUUAUAUCGUUAACUUUAAGAUAUAUUUACUGAAAAGAUAUGUUAUAAUGUUCCUUCUUUAUGUUUCACUUCUUGUUAAUGCAGUUCAGGAAUAUAGUCGGGUUAUCGAUAACUAAAUUGCCUUAAUAAGAUUGUAAGCUAAAUAAAGAAAAUUUUUAUUUGUUCUAUAAUGUGGUUACACGAAUAUGUUUCUAAGAAACUUGUUCGCUUUAUUGAAAAUCUAUAAUGAGUGCAUCGUCGAUGUACGAUCAGUUGAAAACGAAGUGUAAAAGAUGACUUUAUAUCUGAGAGCUACAAAGCAUUGGUCGUAAAUAAUUAAUUAAAAAUCCGACUAGAAAAGUAACCUGUACAUUGUUAGAAUAGUUGUUUUAAAUUUCUAUUUGAUUAUAACUCUGCAUGGAGUCUUUGAAACAACUUGUUGUGAGUAAGUAUUGUAUUUCUUAAUUCUAUUUACAAAGAUUUUAUGUGUUAUUACAACAUAACAAUGAAUCAUUUUUACAACGAAUAAAUAAAUAGUUUUAUAUAGUUCUCAGAUACGAAAGUCUAUCACAGUAAACAAAUAAUUAUAAAUGUAUGAACAAAUAGUUAUUGAAUAUUCUAAUGAUAAACAGUAUUUCAUAUUGCAUAUUCCACACGGCGAUACUAUUUAUUACUUUAUAAAAAUAAAUAAUUACAGAAAUAUAUAUAUAUACAUAUAUAUACACACGUUAAAGUAUUAACGUCAAAAUGUAAAAACGAUUUGUAUUGUUGUAAUUUUUAAACAGUUUGGAAACGAUGACACAUUUUUCACCUAUCAUGGGCAUUUCUUUCAAAAUGUUAUUAAUUUAGCGAUGAGAUGCAGACGAAGUACAGAAUCGUAAUUGUAUAAAACGUAUUUAUUCAUUAUCAUACAAAGUUAAUAAGUAAACUAUAUGAUUUAGAUAAUUGUGUGUGAACCAGUGUUUCUUGGACAAUAAUAUCUGUCAUGGCAUGCAUUCAAAUAGUCAUAAAUAUUUUAUGAUUGUUAAACAUAUUAUAGACUUAAUUUAUACUUCAGUCAUUGAGAAUCACUGGUCUUGGCGAUAGUAUACCUUUUCUGAAAUCUUUUUUGUAAAAUUAUUAAAAGUAUUUCCAAGGAUAUUUUCAUGCAUAUUCAUAUUUUAUGUUAUAAGUAAAUGAAUUAUUCUCGAUAUAAAUGCGUAUUGUGUAUAUAUUAAUAAAUUCUGUUUUUACGCAGAUAAAAAUAAUGGACAGACAGAGGUAAUUCUGUUUUGAAAGGUAUGUUUUAAUAUCAUGUGCAAAAGAAAACAAUAACAACUAUAUUUUUAUGUUAAAUUAAUAAACAUAAAAGUAUUAUUGCAAUAAUAACAGCAUCGCAGCUUUCGUGAUAAUUGUCGGUAUUCCAGGCAAGAAUCGACAAGUUUUUGUUGUAUUACUUGAAAUUUGAAAGUUACAUAACGCUUGAUACCGUCUACUUUUUGAUAAACAAUAAAUAUGUAUGUAACAUUGCUCUUUUUCAUUUAAGCUCUUCGAGGUGUACUGUGAUACAUGCGUAUGCUGACAUUGACUAAUUACCUAAUUGUAAGUAACGAAAGUAAGAAUUAUGCUAAUAUCGUGUGUUAAGGCGAAUGAUUAAUUUUCAAACUGUUGAUCAAACAUUUCUUCAUAUCGGUAUGCGUUAUUAAGCCGAAAACUAACGAAGGCUGGCCUGUUAAAUAUUAAACUAUAUUUGAUUUACCGAAUCGGAGAUUUAUAAUGUUCCUACAUUGUAAACUAAAUAACGAGUCCAUAAUAAAUAAUAUGUUUUAUUUGAUUAGUACUGACCAGAAA